AUGAGGCUUCAGUCUCUAUUCCUUUUUGCAUUUGGUCUGACUGCUACCGUUGCGGCUAUCCCACAAGAUACAGUCGAUACAGCCAACGCAGUCGAAGUACAACGCCACAGACCUACAACCACCACCACCAAAGUCAGACCUACAACAACUAAGACCAAACAUACAACAAGCACCAGCACCAGAGAAAAGCCCACUCAUACCAAAACAACCAAGACCAAGACCAAGACCACCACAAAGCCUCACAAGCCAACAGGAACACCCUGCCGUGGUAACACACCUCGCAGCCGGUCCCAAUGGUGCCGCUAUGAUGUGAACACCGACUACACCAAGACGGUGCCAGACACCGGCGUGACCCGCGAGUACUGGCUCAAUCUCGAAGAGCACAAUGCCGCACCCGACGGUGUCAGCCGCCCCGUAAUGACUGUAAACGGGACAAUCCCCGGCCCAACCAUCUUCGCCGACUGGGGCGACUGGGUCAUCAUACACGUGAAGAACAAUCUUCACAAUUCCAAGAACGGCACAAGCAUCCACUGGCACGGCAUCAGACAGAACUAUACCAACGGCAACGACGGCGUGGUUUCCAUCACGCAGUGCCCCACUGCCCCUGGCUCAAGCAUAACCUACAAAUGGCGCGCCGAGCAGUACGGUUCCUCGUGGUACCAUUCACACAUUGGACUGCAGGCGUGGGAGGGCGUGUUCGGCGGGAUUAUCAUCAAUGGCCCGGCAUCAGGGAACUAUGAUGUCGAUAAAGGCAGUCUGUUCCUGACGGAUUGGUCACAUCAAACAGUCGAUCAGCUGUAUUCGUUUGCUCAAACUCGUGGUCCACCAGUGCUAGACACGGGCUUGAUCAACGGAACGAAUGUCUUUGGCAAUGAUACCAAUGCCACGGGCAAACGUUUCCAAAUGAAAGUUGACCAGGGAUCCUCGUAUCGACUGCGACUUGUGAACUCCGCAGUCGACACGCACUGGAAGUUCAUGAUCGAUAAUCAUAAACUCACCGUCAUCGGAAUGGACUUCGUCCCCAUAAAACCGUACACCACAGACUACGUCAACAUCGGAAUGGGCCAACGCUACGAUAUAAUCGUAACCGCCAACCAACGCCGCAUCUCAGACUCAUUCUGGAUCCGGGCAAUCCCCCAAGUCGCCUGUUCGGAAAGCGCAAACCCAGACAACAUAAGAGGAAUAAUGCACUACGACCGCCAACCACGCACCCCAGAAACCACCGCGUACGAAUUCAUCGACGAAUGCGUCGACGAACCAGUAACCAGUCUCGUCCCGCAAGUCCCGAAAACCGUCUCCGCAGCAGACUGGCAAGACCUCACCGACGUAACAGUCGCACGCAACAGCGCGAAUCUCUUCCGCUGGUACCUCAACAGCACAACGAUGCUAGUACUCUGGGAAGACCCGACACUGCUGCAACUCUUCAACAACGAGGCGACGCCAGACUUCACCGAGUCGAGCGGGGUGAUUGAGCUCCCGCGCGCGCACGAGUGGGUGUAUCUGAUGAUCAAUACGAGUCUGCCGAUUGCGCAUCCGAUUCAUCUGCAUGGCCACGAUUUCUUUGUUUUGGCGCAGGGCACGAAUCCGUGGGAUGGGAGUGUUCACACGAGUAAUCCGCCGCGCAGGGAUACGGCGAUGUUAGUCGGGAAUGGGUAUUUGUUGAUUGGGUUUGAGACGGAUAAUCCGGGGGCUUGGUUGAUGCAUUGUCAUAUUGGGUGGCAUACGGAUGAAGGGUUUGCGUUGCAGUUUUUGGAGAGGGAGAGUGAGAUUGAGCCGUUGAUUGAUGAGGAUGGUUUGAGGGAGAAUUGUGCUUCGUGGAAUGCUUAUGAUGCAGCUAAUGAUAUUGAGCAGGAGGAUUCGGGGGUUUAG